CGAUUCUGUGUGACGUCACGAGGCCGGCCGUGACGAGCCGGCGGCGCUGGGAGCGGGCCGGGCCCGCGCUCGCCGCCCGCCCCUCGCACUACGGGUCGCGGCUGGGGCCGCCCCGGUGGCGGGGACGCGGCCGCCCCCGGCCCCGCCCUCGCCUCGCCGCUCCGGCCCAAGAUGGCGGCGCUGAGCAGCGGCGGCAGCGCCGAGGGGGCCUCGCUCUUCAACGGGGACAUGGAGCCCGAGCCGCCCGCGCUCGGCGCCGGCUACGCGGGGGGCGGCAGCGGCGACCCGGCCAUCCCGGAGGAGGUUUGGAACAUUAAACAGAUGAUUAAAUUGACGCAAGAACAUAUAGAAGCACUGCUAGACAAAUUUGGAGGCGAGCAUAACCCACCUUCAAUAUAUUUAGAGGCCUAUGAAGAGUACACCAGCAAGCUUGAUGCUCUACAGCAGAGAGAACAGCAGUUACUGGAAUCCAUGGGGAAUGGAACUGAUUUCUCUGUCUCCAGUUCAGCUUCAACAGACACAGUUGCAUCAUCUUCCUCCUCUAGCCUCUCUGUAGCACCUUCAUCCCUUUCAGUGUAUCAAAACCCUGCUGAUAUGUCACGGAAUAACCCUAAGUCUCCACAGAAGCCCAUUGUUAGAGUCUUCCUGCCCAACAAGCAAAGGACUGUGGUUCCAGCAAGAUGUGGAGUGACAGUGCGAGACAGCCUAAAAAAAGCGCUGAUGAUGAGAGGUCUUAUUCCAGAAUGCUGUGCUGUUUACAGAAUACAAGAUGGAGAGAAGAAGCCAAUUGGCUGGGACACAGACAUUUCCUGGCUCACAGGAGAGGAGCUUCAUGUGGAAGUUUUGGAGAAUGUGCCACUCACAACACACAAUUUCGUACGGAAAACGUUCUUCACGUUAGCAUUCUGCGAUUUCUGCCGGAAGCUGCUUUUCCAGGGGUUCCGCUGCCAGACUUGUGGCUACAAAUUUCACCAGCGCUGUAGCACAGAAGUGCCACUGAUGUGUGUUAAUUAUGACCAACUUGAUUUGCUGUUUGUCUCCAAGUUCUUUGAACAUCACCCCAUACCACCGGAGGAGGCCUCCUUAGGAGAGACCACCCCAGCAUCUGGAUCAUACCCCUCAGUGCCCCCCUCAGAUUCAGUUGGACCACCAAUUCUCCCUAGUCCUUCUCCUUCAAAAUCCAUUCCAAUCCCACAGCCCCUCCGACCAGCAGAUGAAGACCAUCGGAAUCAAUUUGGGCAACGCGACCGAUCCUCUUCAGCUCCCAACGUUCACAUCAAUACAAUCGAGCCAGUCAAUAUUGAUGACUUGAUUAGAGACCAGAGUUUACGAGGAGAGGGAGCCCCUUUGAACCAGCUGAUGCGCUGUCUUCGGAAAUACCAAUCCCGGACUCCCAGUCCCCUCCUUCAUUCUGUCCCCAGUGAAAUAGUGUUUGAUUUUGAGCCUGGCCCAGUGUUCAGAGGCUCAGCUGCAGGCUUGUCUGCAACACCUCCCGCUUCUUUGCCCGGGUCACUAACCAAUGUGAAAGCGUUACAGAAAUCACCAGGACCCCAACGGGAAAGGAAAUCAUCCUCAUCCUCAGAAGACAGAAAUCGAAUGAAAACUCUUGGUCGACGGGAUUCAAGUGAUGAUUGGGAGAUACCAGAUGGACAGAUCACAGUUGGACAAAGGAUAGGGUCUGGAUCAUUUGGAACAGUCUACAAAGGAAAGUGGCAUGGUGAUGUGGCAGUGAAAAUGUUGAAUGUUACGGCACCCACACCUCAACAGUUACAGGCUUUCAAAAAUGAAGUAGGAGUGCUCAGGAAAACACGACAUGUGAAUAUCUUGCUUUUCAUGGGUUAUUCAACAAAACCCCAGUUGGCUAUUGUUACACAGUGGUGUGAAGGGUCCAGUUUGUAUCACCAUCUACACAUCAUUGAGACCAAAUUUGAAAUGAUCAAACUAAUUGAUAUUGCACGACAGACUGCACAAGGCAUGGAUUAUUUGCAUGCCAAAUCAAUCAUCCACAGAGACCUCAAGAGUAAUAAUAUUUUUCUUCAUGAAGACCUCACAGUAAAAAUAGGUGAUUUUGGUCUAGCUACAGUGAAAUCACGAUGGAGUGGAUCCCAACAGUUUGAACAGUUGUCUGGUUCCAUUCUAUGGAUGGCACCAGAAGUUAUUCGGAUGCAAGAUAAAAACCCAUAUAGUUUUCAGUCGGAUGUGUAUGCAUUUGGGAUUGUUCUCUAUGAAUUGAUGACUGGACAAUUGCCAUACUCCAACAUCAACAACAGGGACCAGAUAAUUUUCAUGGUGGGACGAGGAUACCUAUCUCCAGACCUCAGCAAAGUACGGAGCAACUGUCCCAAAGCUAUGAAGAGACUAAUGGCAGAAUGCUUAAAAAAGAAAAGAGAUGAGAGACCCCUUUUUCCACAGAUUCUUGCCUCCAUUGAGCUUCUGGCCCGGUCAUUGCCAAAAAUUCACCGCAGUGCAUCUGAGCCCUCGUUGAACCGGGCUGGCUUCCAGACAGAGGAUUUUAGUCUAUAUGCUUGUGCUUCUCCAAAAACACCCAUCCAAGCAGGGGGAUACGGAGAAUUUGCAGCGUUCAAGUAGCCACAGCACCAUGGCAGCACCCACUCUGUUAUUUAAGUCUUGUGUUCCUACAGUUUCUUAACAUCAGAACCCCAUUCUGCUCCGCAAAACCUAAAGUAAUUUAGAAAAGAUAUCCAUAGGCUUAAAUUGGAGCAGAAUGGAACCACCAGUCCAACACAAUGGGAAAAAGUACCUUUUUGGGAACCAGAGUCCUCUGCUGCCAGUGUUUCUCCUUCAACACAAACCACCACGUGCAUUCGGAGACCUGCAGUGGCUGCCUGUGCCGUUGGCAUCACUCCCAGCAGAGAGGAGAGGGCGCUCAUGGUGUGCCUGUGGUGCUCGGGCGCGAGGGGAUGGAGCUGCUGCUGCUGACCUUAGGAGACUUGCUUUGGAUGGGCUGCCGGCCGCCUUUCUCCCUCUAACAGCGUAACCAUCAGAGGCUGAAUGUCUGAUGAGUGCUAAUUUCAAAGAAUCAUUUUCCAUUCUGAUCCUUUUUUUUUUUCCUGGUGUACUUACUGAUUUACGGACAACGCAGUAUCCCCUUUUCGCUGUAUUACAGUGUCAAACACCUCAAUCUGUCUGUAUUGCUGGGGUUUAUUCCUUUAAAAUUAAAAGUGUGGGGCAGUGGGAGCUGGAGAUGUUAUUCUGAAGGCAGAGAGGUUCAUCUGAAGGAAAAGGGGAUGCUGCCACACCUUUUUUUCAGAUUUACUUUACCACUUCUUAAAAAGAACAAGCAACAACCACCACCUUAACCUUUUUCCUUUUCCAGUAUUUCCUUGGUGUGUGCAUACACAGCAUCUUUUUGAAGGAUUAGGUUGAUCCUUCUUUUGUUGGUCCAGCAACAAACUGAAGUUUAAAAAAAUGUAGCAAGAUUGUCCUCUUUUAUUUUUUUUGUAUCACAUGAUACAAUGUAUUUAUCAAAGAUGCUACUGCAGCAUCUAAAGUCUGUAGACAUCCUGAUACAGACUGUGAAUGGUGUAUGUACCUACUUUAAAAGUUUUAUUUUAAACGAGGGUGCAGGUUAAUGCCAGGUACCUUACCAAUAUGUAAUGUUUUCAUAAAUGAGGAAAAAAGUUCUCAGGUUGAAUUGAAUUCAAAUACAAUCCCCCCCUAGAAUUAGACAUUCCAAAAAUUAUGUUUUGGUACUUUCAAGAGCUUUUUUUAAAGGAUUUUUAUCCUGUUAACUAAACGUCCUCUGAUAAGUGUCUGUGUAAAUGUGGAGCAUCUUGUCCUAAUGGCAAGUUGUUAGAUCAAAACAAAACGGUACUUGCUGGAUCCACGCUGACUACUCCUCCUCUCAUUGCUUUCCUCCCUGUAAUCUCUUCCCUUCUGCUUGUCUUUCCCUUCUGUACACUUUGCAAACUAGGACAAAGGUGGCGGUGUCUCCAUUAGAGUGCUUUGUUUUCCUGUCCUCCAGUCCUGGUUUUCAAAUGGUUAGUAGCUUUUUGAAAAGUUACCCAGUCAGGGAAAACAACAACUCCUAGAGUUCUGCACAUCAUUUACCUCUAGUAGAAUAUCUCGUGAUGUGAUCUGCUUGCAGAGUUCUCUGGUAUGUGGUAUUACCUGUAAAUUGUUUGUACAAAGGCAAGGCAGACCACAUGGGAAAGAAACUCAAGCUCAGACAGAAGUUUCCAGAAUUUGAUUCAUAUUAGCCCUGUGCCACUCCAGGUGAGGCAGGAGAACUGACCCCCCUCUAGCAGAGAGGUUCUUGCUGGGAGGAGGUGGGGAGUUUUUAACAAAAUCAUGACAAAUAAAUGAAGGAGUUAAAUGUGUGUGAAUGCGGUGUCCAUGCUAAAUGUGGAUAUACCGAGUGAGGGGGCUGUCCUUCCCUCCCUAGGGGAAGGGGACUGUUCCUGUCUGCAGAAGGUUGCUCCCAGAUGAAGGGAGAAAAGCACAUUGGAAGUAGAAGGUGUUUUUAAUACCCUGGAAUUUUGCUGUGUUGCUGGUAGUCUGUUACCUUUGUCAGUAAAUAUUUACUGGGGCUAUAGGGACCUGACUGAUCUGAAGUGGGAAUUAAAACUGAAAUACUGUGUAUUCAUAUUAAUUCCACAAACAUUAGCAAGAUAGCAAUAGUGAAUGACUUAAUAGUCACUACAAGAAUGAAGUGAUUCAUGUUGGUACAUGAACAGAAUUGAUUUUGUGUAUGGGACACAUUUUAAAAACGAAGGAAAAAAAAAAAGCACAAAUUUUUUUCUUGUCUGCUGUGGGUCUUCAGAUGCUGUAAGGUUUUUACCUUAAUGAGGUUGGCAGGAAUUUAAACAGUAGCAAUAGCCACUUUCCAGUGUGGAGAAGCUGAUGCAGAGCAGUGGUAGCAGUUGGAGUGCUCCCUGGUGAUCAUCUGAGGCCCGUACCUGAGAGGUGGAGGGAGCCUGGGGCCAUGGUGGCAGCAGGCAGGUGAGAGCAUUUACCAGAUACAGGCUCCCAGGGGGAAAGGAGUCCCUGCUUCCCCUUUCUCCCCAUGAUUGGCUCCAGCCCCUUUAUGGGCUGUGGCCCUAUUUGUACAUGUCAGGGAUACUGAGGUCAAGGUUCUCUCAAAAGAAGCUGUUAACAAAGCAAGUAUGGACAGGUGGUUCAACACUCAUUUGUUUCACAGAGCUUGUUAAAAGCUCUUGUUUCCUUCCAUAAAGUCAUGCUGGCAGAAAAUUCUGUUAGGAACUUCAUUCUAUCUUUGCUUAAAAAGAACUUACUUUGGUGAAGAUUCAUUACCCAUUAGUCUACAAUAUGCUUCUUGAGCCCAUAGGAAAAGCACAAGGAAAAUUGCUAUCCUUGUCCAUGCAAAGCACUUUAUAAGUAACACAUGAUCUCUGGGGUUUUUUUUACUGGGGUUUGUUUGUUUGUAGUUUUGUUUUUCUUUUUUUAUUUCUGGUUUUGGUUGUUUGUUUUUUUCCCUGAGGAAUGUGCAAGUUAUUUGGCUGCUGUUUAGAGAAGUCCUUUCAGGAUGCAUUUCUACUGGUUUUCUUGUUUGUUUCCCUCCAGAUAGCUGUAGUAAUGUGUGUUUGUCUGUAAGAGUUCCCAGGUAAUGCUCAUGCAAAACUUUGAAAGAAAUGUAGUUUGUAAAUAAUUGGGAUUAUUUUUGGUUUUAUCUUCAGGAAUUUUUCUGGAUGUCUUGCAUGCCAUCAGAACCAGUCUUAAAGAUGCCCUGUAGAUAUUUAGAAUAUGGAGAAUCAAGAAUAGAUGAGAAAGGAGUGCUCUCUGUAGCAGUGGGAUGAAGGAAGUAAACUGAAAUGACCAAUACAUUCAUGCCUGUUACCCUAAAUUCCUUAAGCUCCUUCGUGGUGUCCCAACCACGGGCACAUGCCACAGUAUGGAAAUGUGAGUACAUCCUUCAUGUGCACAUGUUGGGACAAACACCUAGAGAGUCAUUCUGCUUCUUUUAGCUCUAUAGUAUCUUGUAUUUCAUAAUCAUUUGCAGAAGUACCAGUAUCCAGUCCCAGCUAUUCAUGUCUCUAUCAACCAGGCACAGACCUUCCCCUCUGCCUUUCCUUUUCCAUAGAGGUGACAGAGGUCUGUUACCUGUUAAACCUUCCUGCUCAGUAUGUGAUUGUUUUCCCUGGCAUAUUUGCCAGAACUGCAGCAUUGUGGUGGAACUCAAACCAAAUGGCAGGUGGUGGAGCUCAAACCAAAUGGCAGGGAUAUAGAGGCCAGGUUACUUUGAAAGUAAUUGCUGUGUCAGUUAAGCCCUACAUAGCCCCAGAUACAAUUAGCCCAGUCAUUUUUUUUUUUUUCCUAAACUCAUUAGAAAAUUUCAUUUCUAAUCAUUAGAUUAAUCCACUUCUGCUUUUUAUGCUUACCCAAAAUCAGCUUUUCUUGUACUUGAAUACUCUAGCAGCUGAUAAUGAUGCAGAAUGUUUGAGAACAAAUACAGUCAUUUUACCGUGGUGUCUUAACAUCACUUGGAUUAGUAUGUGCUCCUUGGAGGCAGAAUUUGGCCUUUGUGACAUAAAAUGAGUGAAAUUCUGAUUGUUGAUAAAUACCAUGUAUUUACAUAAAUGCCCAGACUGGGGGAAAAGUACCCUGAAAAUCACACAUAAAUAGUUUUUCUUCUGUGUUUGCCUGGGGGUGUAAAUGUAUCCAGCAUUUUACAGAAGGCUGAGGGAAGACAGAUCCCCAGAUACCUCACAAACAAGUACAGAUUGAAGCUUUGAUAUCUGCAGAGACUAAAUUUAGGGAAGAAGCAUGUAAACAUUUCACGCUUCUGCAGCCUCUAGAAUUCAUUCCCUUCUUGACUGUGAGUGCAGCAUUUGUAGCACCAACUCUUCAUAGUACUGUAGACAUGUCCUCUGUUGAUAAAAUGUAUCACCAGUAGCACAGUGGGACAAGCAAAGCUUCUAGGUACAGUCAAGUUAAAAAGCAGUUGCAUGAGUGGACUCUUAAGGCAUCACUCUGAAGGUGCUGAGUGUUCUGGUUUUCUGUGAUGCAUGUUACGUAGAAGUUUAUGAAACAAACUUUGUUUACUGCAGCCUUGUUACUGUGCAUUUGCACUUGGUGUUUGUUUUGGCAUGCAUUUGAAAGGCCUGUCUUCACUGCUUCAUUACUUCAUACCAACUUCAUGCCCACCAUAUGAUGUUUAGCCAGGGCAAGUACUGAAUUCUGCACCUGAGGUGGAUAACCCUGGCUGUGUGUAUAGACUGGGGGAUGAGAGGCUGGAGAGCACAAAGGGACCUGGGGGUCCUGGUUGAUGGCAAGCUGAACACAAGCCAGCAGUGCCCUGGCAGCCAGGAGGGCCAACCCUGUCCUGGGGGCAUCAGGCACAGCAUGGCCAGGUGGGCAAGGGAGGGGAUUGUCCUGCUCUGCUCUGGGCUGGGACCUCGGCCUCACCUCGAGUGCUGGGGUGCCACAGUGUAAGAAAUCUAUUGCUAUUAGACUAUUACUAAUGAACUAUUAGAAAGUGUCCAGAGGAGGGCCAUGAGGAUGGUGGAGGGGAAGCCAUAUGAGGAGCAACUGAGGUCUCUUGGUGUGCUCAGCCUGCAGGAGACUGAGGGGAAACUCACUGCGGUUACUACUUCCUCAUGAGGGGAAGAGGAGGGGCCGGCACUGAUCCUUUUCUGUGGUGACCAAUGACAGGACCCAAAGGAAUGGCCUGAAGUUGCAUCAGGGGAUGUUUAGAUGGAAUAUCAGGAAAAGAUUCUUCAUCCAGGAGGUGGUCAGACACUGGAACAGGCUGCUCAGGGCAGUGGUCACAGCACCAAACCUGACAGAGUUCAAGAAGCAUUUGGACAAUGCUCUCAGGCACAUGGGGUGAUUCUUUGGGUGUCCCGUGCAGGGCCAGGAGUUGGACUUCGAUGAUGUUGUGGGUCCCUUCCAACUCAGCAUAUUCUAUGAUGCUGUGAUUCUUACCUUACAAAUUAUCAGAAGAGCAGAACCAGAUUGUUAAAAUGAAAAAGUUUGCAUUUAAGUUUCAAGGAUGCUGACACAGAAGCUACUAAGUCAGCACCAUGACAGCAGUAACUAUGAACCUGUGGAAGGAGGAAGCUUUAAAAGCUGCAGAAUACAUAUUACACCAAGAGUGAAUUCAGAUGCAAACUUAACUUCUCUCUUUUUAGAAAAGAGUUACCAAGACCCUCUGUUCAAUGGUUUACAUAGGGAUCCCCCAAAACAGUUUUUGUCGUUUGCCAAAUGAUCAUGUGCCUUUGCAACCUUAAAAAGUACAACAGAAUGUAAGCCGGGUGCUUUGUAACUAGAGCAGUGUCUUUGGUUUACAUCUGCUGCAGUAGUUUUGUAUAUAGCUGUCCCUGUAGGUAGGCAGUUUGGAGUUGGUCAGCUCCUGUAAAGGAGCAAGGAGGGCAGAGAGCAUUCCCCAAAAUACCUGUUAGCAUUUCAAAGCUAAGAACUGAAGGAAACCUAAUUUAGUUACAGUAAUCCUGCUGCUGGAAAUCUGCUCUAUCAACAAGCAGUGAGGUUCAUUUAACUUAAAAACAAGCCCUCCUUCCCUUCCAAAGACACACAGCUCUUGUUAAAGAAAGCUCCAAAGAGGCCCGAAGCUACACUCUUAUAGCACCGUGGAAUGAGAUGGUAGAUGGAGAGUGAGAGCUAGAUGAGGAGAAACUGGUGGUUAGCAUUCAUGUAAUCAAGGUUCACAUGUAUCAGCCUAUAUAAUUAGUUCCUUGUCCCAGGAAAUGCAGUAAGUUUUGUUUCUGGAUUGUCAGCAGGUUUCCUCACUGCUUCCCUGGGCCUCUUGCAGUUGCUGUUCAGUGCUCACAUCCCAUUUGCACGUGAACUGUGGGAAAUGUAGGUGUCUUGUCAGCUGAGGGACAACCAGUAGGUGUGAAUUUGAUUUGUUCAGCUUUCAAACUGGUUACGUAGACUUCUAGCAGUACCUGCGUAUCAGUGUCAUAUUUAACCUACUUGUCCAUGAAGGACAAAAUAAUGUGUUUGGAUAUUAAUGCUUUUUCAGAUCUUUUCCUUUUCUUCCUUGGGGUAAGACUUUUGGCAUAAUUGUAACUGACAAAGUUGUCUAAAUGCACAGUUCUUAUGAGAUAUCAAACCAAUUUUAAUUUGGCUUUGUUCCUUUUAGAAAACAAAGUGUAAAAAUGUUUUACUUAUGUUCCAGGAACUAUCUGGAAUCUUUCUACCUACCCCAAAUUCUGCACUAAAAGUACAUGUGAUGGUUUUUUUUUUUUUGGGGGGGGGGGGGGGGGGUGGCAGGGAGAGUUGGCUUUUAGGUUUGCAGGGGGAGUUGUGGGUUUUUUGGGUUUUGCUUUUGUUUUGAUUUUUUUUUGUUUAGGAACUUCUAAACUACGUAGUAUUUGCUUCAUAGCAUCCAGCAGCAGUGUGUUCAGCUCACCCAGCCUCCUCCAGAGCCAACAGUGGCUUGUCCAGUCAUUUUGUCGAGUUUGUCAUGUUUGCAGCAGUUGUGCUUUAGAAUAAGCCUAGUGUGAUAUUUACUUUUGAGCAAGUAAACUACAAAAAUAACUUUGUUUUCUUUUUUUAUUGUUUAUUUGGGUUUGGAAGAUGGUCAGGUUUUGGUUUGGUAAGUGUCAUUCUGUGUUGCAUUUGUGUAUUCACCCUUGUUGAAGAGAAAAUCCAUCGGUGUGUUUGAGAGUUCAGUGGAAUAUUAGGAGAAGAAAAGAAGCCCAUCAUCUGGGCAUGGAUGUUGGAUUUAGGGGGAAAAAUGGACCAAACUUGGGUGUUGGGUUAUUUGGGGAUGGUGGGGGGGCAUAAUUUAAAAUAACUCUGUCUAAAAUAAAGUGCAAUAAAUGUGCUUUUUUUAUUCAAAGCUGUGAACCUUUAGAAAAAAAAUACAAAAAAAGUCAACCAAAAAAAAAAAAAAAAAAAAGCACAUCAUUCUUUCAUGAGCCUUGUGUCCUACCUGCCUCCCCUUCCUCUCCCUCUCCACACUUCUCAACUGACAGAAACCUGACAGUGGCCAACUUGCAUGUGUUGGCAACCCAAAUUAACAUUGCUGUUCUGCUCUCAUUGAUGGGCUUGGGGAAAGUCCUGCCCCCUACUUCUCUUCCACUCUUGAAAUCUUCUUGGGCUCCAGUACUGCCCUGUGCCUCUAGAGCAAGGUCUGUCACUACCUGGGAUGCAGGAGCCAGCACAUCUGCUCUGUGUCAUCCUGACUCCAAAUGCAGAGCUCCUCCUGGCCCUCCAUUCUCCAGGUGGAACCCUCCUCCCCACCUCCCUGUGGGUGUAUUGAAGGCUCUCCUGGGCUGGGCAGUGACAUUGUUCUCAAGCAGUUGCAAAAGGAAUCAGCCAUCAGCUGCCUGAUGGGAUCCCCUUUCCUUGACCCAACACACACAUGCAGGCUGGCCACUGUUGCCUUCUGUGACUCUGCCUUGUUUUGCAGGAGCAGGUGUAGGUGUGUGUAACCUGUCGUGCAUUACUUGCACUUUCUUACUUGAGCACAGGCUGCUUUUCCUUGAUCAGGAAAGGGGCACAGGUGUCCUGGGCUUCCCAGGAGAGCGCCAUGCAUUGAGCAGUGACAGAAGGGGUAGCACUCACUGGCUGGACUCUCUGGGGGAGUAAGAGAGGACUGGCUUGUUUAAAGUUUAUAGAUACCCAGAUCUAAGUUUAUAGAUACCCAGAUCUAUAUCCUUUAAACUUUAUUAUUUUUAUAUAUAGUCAAGACAAUGGCAUUACCUCAUAAUACAGAGGCUUGAUUAUGAGAGGCAAAGUACACAGUAAGGAGAGGAAAGGGAAAUUUAUAUACAGAUUUGAUUUCUUUUGUUUGUUUGUUCCUUAGUGCAAUGAAAUGUAUGUCCCACCACUUUAAACUCUGUGCUAACACAUUCCUUUCAGCUGUGUUCCCUUUUUUUUUUUUUUUUUUAAUUGACCACCAGAGGUUUGCAAGGGGCUUAUGACUGCAAAGUAGAAGGUCCAGUCUGGUUACUUAAAAAAAAAAAAACAACCCAUUGUGUUAGUAGAUUUCCAUAGCUGCUUUUUAAAAUCUACAAUGGAGUAAUUGUUUCUAAACUCGUAUUUAUUUUUUAAUUCAUAACAAAAUGUUUAUUUUUGGUUUCCUGUUAGGUAGGUCAUGGCAACUCCCCUUUGUUCCUUCUCAAGUUUCCCCUGUAAUUGCCAAUACAACUUAUUUUUCUUGUUUGUUCCUUCUCCCUUUACUUUUGUUGUCCCUUCAUUUGUACUUUGGAGUUUUUCUCAUGUAAAUUUGUACAAUGGGAAAUAUUGUCCAGUUUGGUUAGAGAGCAUGGAGACUUAAAACAUAUUAAAAUUUGAUAGCUGAAUUCAGAUUGAAGAAAACUAUUUCAGUGUAAAGUUAUUUAAAGAACUCUGUAUUAUAUGAAAGGCAAAAAGUUCUAUGUACUUGAUGUGAAUAUGAGAAUACUGCUAUAAUAAAGAUUGAC